CAUGCUUAUAAGAUCAGGGCUGUUCUUUAGAUAUUCUUUGAUUUUACAGAUCACACCGUGGACGAACUCCGAUCGAAACGAGAUCGAGCAGAUAGACACACGGGCUUCUGGUUUUUUUCCCUUCGAGGCUCUAGAGCAAACGAUAAUGGUGUGCGAGAAGUGUGAGAAGAAGUUAUCGAAGGUUAUCGUUCCUGACAAGUGGAAAGAAGGGGCCAGCAACACCAACGAGGGUGGUGGCCGUAAGAUCAACGAAAACAAGCUCCUCUCCAAGAAGAACAGGUGGACUCCUUACGGAACCGUGAAGUGCAUCAUUUGCAAGCAACAGGUGCAUCAGGAUGCCAAGUACUGUCACACAUGUGCUUACACAAAAGGAGUAUGUGCAAUGUGUGGUAAGCAAGUACUUGACACCAAGUUAUACAAGCAAAGCAAUGUUUGAUGCGAUCCUGAUAUGGCCUUCUUCCUUGCUGAAAUAAUGCCUGUUCUCUGAUAUCCCUUGGCAUUGUAAAUUGCCAUAACCUAAAUCUUCUCACAUUUUUCUAACAAAAAUGCAUCAGUUUGUAAAAGUGGGAGGAGUUCCUCUAAUAUACUCUCUUGGGUGUAAAGAAAUGCUUUUCAGUUUUAAAUAUCUCUUGCUUCUGUGUGACAUUCUUCCUUGUGAGAAAGUCCAGUAGUUAGAAGUGUACUUCAUUCUUCUCAAA